UUGUGUCCUCGUUCUUGUUACGACCCCCUCUCGUCGCAUGCCUGUAUUCAAGCACUCUGCCGAAUUAUCCACGUCGUCUGCAUACUAUAAGAUUACAUAGAACUGGGCCGCAUCAGGAAAGGGGAGAGAGAGUAACUGGAGCCCGCGAUUUCAUCAACUCGGUGGGAGUCGACAAUUAUAUAAAUUACCCUUGGCACGCCCUACACGCAAGGACAAUGGGAGCCAACCGGUCGUCCCCACACCAAAGACUAUUCACCAUGCGGAACCCGGUCGCGAGAUGUGUGGUCGUCGCAGUGGUGCUCCUCGUGCUUCUAGCGGUGACAUGGAAAUCAGAGAAGAUAGAAAAUGUCGGCACACAAAUCAUUAAGGCCACGGCAACACACAAUAAGGGGACUCAUAUCCCUCAACAGCCGCUUGGCGAUGUGCCGCAAACCGGUGAUUUAGACAUUCCUCCUGUCUCAAAUCAUAAAAUGGAUUGCAGCGUUGACGGGAACUACAUGGCUCAACUCAAAACGAAGUAUGAAUUGAUGGAUAACUUCCAGUACUUCAAGCGCUACGUAAAGAUCAACCGCCAGCCGAUUAAACGGAAGUCUAUCACGCUACUCGACCAGGAAUUUCUACCAGGCAACGUCCUCAAGAACAUCAACCUCCAAAACCCCAAUUACGGGAAUGAGAAAUGUAUCGAGCCUCUCAAUGUCUACGUUCCGGAAUCCCCCUACCCUGCGACUGGCAAUCUAUCUGACUUCAUGUUUGGCGUCUCGACCACAUUUAAGAGAUUCAGUGGCGAGAAGACCUCUCCUGUCAAUGAAUGGAUUUACUGGUUGACCGAUGGGAAAGGAAAUUCUAACGGUGGCAAGCUAAUACUUCUGCUUCUGGAUGCCACUGAGGAGCAAAUCACACAUGCGAGAACCGUUCUCCGCAACGCUGGCAUCGAUGUGGAUGUGUACCAUUCCGAUUCAACCAUGGAGAUGGCUGUCCGCUACUUGACUCUCAUUCCUACCCUGUACAACCACCCCGACCGACGGCAGAAGAAGUGGCUCGUUUCGUGCGACGAUGAUACCUUCUUCCCCAGUGUUCAUAAGCUUGUGCAGAAAUUUGAAGAAUACGAUCCCCACCAGCAGCUCUAUAUUGGUGUAUUGUCUGAAGACAUCAAUAACGUGGAUCGACACGGAUCCCAAGCUUUCGGUGGUGCGGGCGUGUUCUUGUCAGUUCCGCUAGCUGAACAGAUCACGCGAGACUACGAGACCUGCAAGACCGACGAGAAGAUUAAGGAAUCUAACUCCGGCUGGGGUCCUCAAGGUGACAUUCUUCUGCGCAAAUGCAUCUACGAAAAUACCGAUGUCCGCCUUUCUGUUCUACAUGGCUUAUAUCAGUUGGAUCUUUACGGCGACCCAUCGGGUUUCUAUGAGGCUGGACUUAGCCCUAUCUCUCUACAUCACUUCAAGGGCGGUGGCUGGCACAGUGCCAUGCCUUGGGAAUACACCAAGGUUGCACACAUCUGCGGUGAAGACUGUACUUUCCUACGCUUUCAAACAUCAGAUGACUUCAUCAUCUCGACUGGGUUCAGUGUUGCUCACUAUCCUCUCGGUGUCGAUUUCAACCUCCAACAAAUGGAGCGCACCUUUGCCGCUGCACCACAGGACAAGGGUUGGAAUCUAGAUUACGUAUUUGAUCCGCAACGACCAAGUCUGUUAAAGACGGGCCGCAAGAUCAGCUGGGAUUUGCAAGAAGCGACUGUGACACCCGACAACACUAUUCGCCAAGUUUUCGUGCGCAAGGCGAACGACUGGCGCUGGGUAGAUAAAAACGAGCGCCCUAUGUCCCAAGUUGAUGGCGUCAUUGAACUUGUCUGGAUCCCAUAAAGAGAUCCAUUGCAGUGGGCAAUGUCCACAUGAGAUAACGAUUUACCUACAUGACGGCGCAACUAGUGGUACAUCUUGGGUAUUACUAUUUUGGAAAUAAAACUUGGGAAAGUCGGUGGGAGGAAUAUGGGAUAUACGGGAGGGCAAA